AUGAGCCCCCUUCCCUCUGGCACGAAUGGCGUCAUGUCACCCCAGCCCGCGACAAACCACAAUCCCCGCAUCGUGCUGGCCGGUAACUCGGCACGCAUCCUCUGUGUGGCCGACAUCCGUGGCGACUACCAUGAGCUCAACCGCCUCAUUCGCGAGCACGAGGCCACAGCAGUGAUCCACACGGGCGACUUUGGCUUCCUCAACGCCGACUCACUCGAGCGCAUGGGCGACAAGAUUCUCCGCCACCUCCUCCAGUACUCACCCCUCAUUCCUCCCAUCACACGCAGCCAGCUCCUGUCCAUCCCGCCACAGGCCGGUCGCGCUGCGCUUAUUCAGCAGCUUAAUAGCUCGUCCAUCCACUUCCCCCUGUCGCAGUUUCCCCACCUUCUCUCCGGCGCCAUCACCUUCCCUGUUCCCGUCUUUACCGUCUGGGGCCUGAUCGAGGAUGUGCGCAUCGUGGAAAAGUUCCGCACGCGCGAGUACGAGGUCAACAAUCUGACUGUCAUCGACGAGGCGUCGUCGGCUCUGAUCGAGACGGCGGGUAUCAAGCUGCGACUGUUCGGCCUGGGUGGUGCAGUCGCUCUGCACAAGCUGUUUGACAAUGGCGAAGGAUUUGCAACCAUUGCCGGAGGACAGGGGACGAUGUGGACAACCGCGUUGCAGGUCGGCGAGCUGGUUGACACUGCUCAGAGGACCCGUAUGCUCGUCACUUCGGCUCCUGUGACGCGCACCGGGCUCUUGUCGCUGUUGACACUGGGGGUUAAGGCCGACCUCACCAUCUCAGGCGGUCUUCAUUUCCGGUAUCCUGCGUCCCUCAACGACUUUGCAGUCAGUGGUGACUUUGAAGCGUACCGUCACAAGCUUGUCCUCGCACGUGACAGCUUCCUUGGGGUCUUCGACGUCGUCAAGGACCGGGUGGAAGGGGUGCUGAACGAACAGCAGCAGAUGCUCCUGAAGAAGGUGAUCGCGAUGGUGCAACGCAUUCCCACCACCGAUGACAGCUCGUGGACCAACACCUGGCACUGGGUGCUCUCGGACGCUUUGUGCGGGCACCUGCUGCUGUCGAUCACUGACGGCCGCGUUUCAGCGGAGAUGCGCAGUGCUGGUCUCAACUUUGCGCACCGCGCGAACCAGGAGCCUGCUCCCCCCCCUGCGCCGGCUACCACUCUUCCCCCGCUACUCGUCCAGUCUGUUCGUCCGACGACCAUCGCCGAGAAGGCCGGCGUACCUCCAAAGCCCAUGGCUUCACCUAUUGCUCCAAAGCAGAUGCCUGCAAAGCUGAUGGCCGCUUUGCCUAAGCCGGUGACUGCUGCACCAAAGAAGGGCGACGCUGGGCCCAGCUCAGCUGCGACUGCACAUGCGCCGGUACCUGUGCAACCUCUGGUCCGUGGAGGUCGCGGCACUGCCGGACCGGGUCCGGCUUCGCCCGCUGUUGAGACCAAGCCCGAGAAGCUGGUGACGGUAGGCAAGGACGGAGCACCAAAGUCGGCCAAAUCAACUCCCAGCAUCACCUCUGCGACACUCCCCAAGGACAAGGACGCGAAGAAAGCCGGUGACAAGCCAGGGACGAACGGCGAAAAGGGCGAGUUGGACGGCGCGGAGACGCCGAGGACCGGCAACCAGACUCCCAAGCGCUUCUCUCUGUACCUCAAGGGCCUGCCGAUUCCAACAUCAGAGGCCGAGAUCAAGGCGUUCUUCAGAACCGAGGCUGAGAAGAUCACUGCCGUUAAGCUGGUCUACGACCCGAUGAAGCGACAGAAGAACUUUGCAUAUGUUGACUUUGCGAACGAGAACGACCUGCAGGACGUUCUCAAGGCUUACCCGUCUGGGUCUAUUCGCGAGUCGCCGAUCUCUGUGGAGAUCUCGAACCCACCGGUUCGUGGCGUGACUGAGCGUGGGGGCCGCGGGCGUCGCCGUACGGGCCGCGGGGGAAGUUCGUCCUCGAAGGACACUCCCAAGGGGGAUGCGACUCCCAAGGUCGACGCGUAA